AUGUUUCUUUAUGAGACAAAUCAACCAGUUAAUUUAGAGUUGCCUUACUACGAGUAUGAGGAAUUUAACUUUGAAGAAAACAUCAGUGAAGCCGAAUGUAAAGCGGAGUUUAGGUUUGAAAGAGGAGAUAUCGAACGUCUCGCUGAUGUUCUUCAAUUACCGCCCACCUUUACGUGUCCACAAGGCAGUGUUUGCGACCGAAUGGAGGGCCUUUGUUUAAGUUUAAUACAAGAUAAGACAUCUUUCAUUCAGAGGAUAAGCGGGUUCAAGUGCUAGGGACUUUUUUUAGUAAAGCAAGAAAAUUUAACGCACGUGUUCAGUCGAAAUGCUCCACCGUGGCUGUGCACAGUGCACAUCACUUUUACAAUUUUAACCAGCUUGUCAGUGGUUUUAUUGCCCAAAACAAAUAAGUGACAAACAAUGUUUACCUAAUGAAGUUCGAAAAUCUAAAAACAUGCGGAAGUUUAUGGGGAAAUAAUAGUAACAGUGCUCACGUUGACUGGUGGACGGCAAAACACCACUUCUCACGUCCUCGACACAAACAGGACUGCAAUCCGCGUGGACCAGGCAUGCGCAUUGUGGUCUACACGCGAAAUUUACUUCCGGUCAGCCGUCCUCGAGGUCAGCCGUCCAGGUAUCUUGAACUCUCUAUUGUAUUGGAUAGGAGGGCUAGGUGGUUGAUUUUUUCUGUACUGUGUUCAGAGUUAGAUCAGUUGCAUGAUCCUUUUCUACUAGAGAAGAUGUGCAUGCCACAGUCACAGUAAGGGUUGUGUUUCCAAUAAUUUGGGGAGUUACUGGUGACUGAAGUGGAUCUGGCAAACAAGUCUCCCUGAUGCUGCAAAGAACAGCAAUUAGCCUGUCUAUUCGCUUGAGAAUUUCUCUAUGGGUCUCUUGGACUGUUUCAGGGUCUUUGUGGCAGGCUGUUUGGUGUUGGGUAAGGAAGUUUGCACUGCCCUGGCAACAUCCAACAGACUACAGGAAACAGCUCUCUUGUGCAUUGGAAUAGGAGAGUUGACAAGUGCAGGUUGGAUUACUAGAGGACUGCAAACUUGGCCUGAGUGGGCAAAUGGCAAUGAUAAAUUCGGAUAUAGGCAUACUCAAACUGGUGAAGGGGAUGGUGUAUGAAUUAGAGGUAACAGACACGUUGGAAAAUAUAAACAAAGGUAACAUCUAUCUUAAAUAUCCUGGUCCUUUUCUCAAUAAUAACCAGUUUUUGUUUAGAAAUCAAAGUUCAUGAUGUUGGUAAUUUCAUCAGUCUACCGACAAUACUUGAUACUCAGUGAGCAAGGUAACUUCUUAAUUUGAUGCCCUGGUCCUUUUCUCUUUUGAUAAUAAUUAGAGUUCAUGCUGUUGGUAAUUUCAUCACUCUUUUGACAAUAAUUUAUACUCAUUGUCAUAUUAGAUAUCAAUUUCUCUGUUUGCUUUGAAAAUCUUGAGCUUGACAUCAUCCAGUAUCAUUGCUGCCUUACUUCAAAAGUUGGAUCCAAUACAGCAAGAAGCUGUUGAUGUGGCAAAGUGA